CAAAAGUGACCGAGGCAAGACAAGAAACAAAGAAAACUACCACAAAAAAAGGAACACACCAACCAACGCUAAAAAAAACCACACCAUCUUCAAACCAACCACUACAUAAUCACAAUGGACUAUAUUCCCUUUCAUCAUCAUCAUCCAGUUUACCACCCCAAACCACAUCAAAGGCAAACCUACCAUCACCAUCAUCAUCAUCAUGUUCAGAAGAAGCCGAAUCCCAUUAAACUCAACCGACCCAAGCAUCCUAGAAGAACUACUAGAACGACAACAACAACAACAACCAUCACUCACUACUGCCAACAGCCUCAGAUUCAUGAUACCCCCCGAAUCACCAUCACACUCAUCAACCCAGCACCCUCAACCACGUCUCAAAUCACUCAUCAAACUGGAUCAUCUACUACGCCCCUCACCAUCCUUAAGACUCGCCGGACCCCGUCGAGUCCUAUCCGAGCCCACCCCUGCUAGAACCAAACCGAUCCACCAACGAUCUCAGUCUACUCCAAGGAACCCGAUCCUCAAGAUCGAUGGCCUCAAAUCUCGUUUCUCAGUCCAAGUCUCCGAUUCUGAAUAUCUCAGCCAAGAGGAUCAAGAAGACCAAUCAACUAGCCAACUUCCAUCUCAAAACUACUCCACCUCAUCCUCAUCCUCCUCUUCUUACUCCUCACUCUCAUCCUCCACCAUCUCAUCCACUCAUUAUACCUCCUCCUCCUCAUCAUCAGCAAGUUGCAUUGACCAACCCAACUUACCACUCAAACUCUCAACUGACUCUCAUCCUCACCGACUCCUGAACCGGAAAACAACACCAGCCUCAUCUCAUAUAAUCACUCAGAUCAAGAAUCAAAAUCAAGCUACCAAUCAUUCCCCUGAUUUGAUCACUUCCUUGCCCAAGGAACCACCUACAACCGAAUUCCGGAAUCCUCCAGAGCAGCCAGCUCCAAAACAUCAUUCAAACUUCUCAUCCGUCUCGACUAGAUUACCCCCUACUAAAUCUUCUCCCAGGCGACGAUCACUCUCUCCUUCCAAAGGAAAAUCUCGAUCAUUCCUACCAGAAGAAGAAGAAGCAGAAGAAGAAGCAGGCAGAGGAAGAAGAUCAACGAAAACUGAUCAGCGAAAUUCACUCAAGCGUACUCACAACAAUCAUCGUCCUGAUUACGAUCAUCAAGAACCUGAUCAAGCUCAAGAAGAAGUGAUCCUAGAACCGAUCAAGACUAAAGGAUUAUCGGCCUUCAUUCGACCUAUCAAGUAUGGACUCUUACAGCUUGCUUCAUCAUCAUCAAGAGCCACAACCAAAUCGAUCAACAAAGCUCCAAGUCAGAACCCUUUUGAGCCGCUUCAUCUCAGACUAUGGAUCACCAAUCAUCAUCAUGCCUUGUUCGACCCGAUCCCCGCUAAUCUAAUCGGCAUUUCUCCGAAUGGUGAUCAAAUUGAGCUAUUAUAUACGGAGGAAGAAGUAGAUGAACGGUCGACAGAAGAGGAUCUCAGACGAUCGUAUUCGAGCGCGACGUUGAAGGUGAUCUUCUACAGUCUCGAAGCCCUGCCGAUCGAGCUACGAAGGGUGUACAACUAUCUGACGAAGCUGAUGAUGAUUGUCUCGAGCAACACGCCUCGGGCGGUCUUCCAGCUCCACACGCCUGUGUUCCAACAACGCGUCCGCUGCGCUCUCAUGCUCAACACCCCCGUCUCCGACCUCCAGCUCGACUAUUCCUCACUCACUCACCUUUCGCAUCUUAAAAUCAAACUCUCCUUGGCCAGGAGCAGGAUCAAAGUCUGGAUCGACGGAAAUCUCAUCUCGCAUCCGCAUGACUCUCCAUUCUUUGCCUCAAAUGAUCCCGAUCAAACUUCGUCAUUGGCCGGGUAUUUGGUCUCUCUCUUGAAAGAUUCGCGUUCCCUGCUCUGAUCGCAUCGUCAAUCGAUCAACCAGGGAAACAUCGAUCCUCAGUUUCAGGACUUCUUGGACUUCAUCCAUCCCUGUUUAAUCAUCUCGAAUCAGAUCCAAAGAUCUCUUGAUCAAGCUUGAUC